AUGCAGGUCGGAGCAGAGUUCGUUGGAACCUUCUUCUUAGUACUUUGCGCGGUGGGCGGGCCCAUUGUGAACCAAAAGUACAACGGAGCAGAGACGUUGCUUGGGAACGCGGCAUGCGCUGGGCUCGCCGUGAUGAUCAUAGUUUUCUCGAUCGGUCACAUUUCGGGAGCCCACCUGAACCCGUCGGUGACAGUCGCCCUCGCGGUGAUCUGGCACUUUCCAUGGAUCCAGGUGCCUGGCUACAUCGCCGCGCAGGUUGCGGGCUCGAUGUGUGCUUCCUACGUCCUCAAGGGCGUUUUCCAUCCCUUUGCCAACGGCGGCGUCACGGUGCCUUCGGUGGACAUCGGACAGGCGUUUGCUCUCGAGUUUCUCGCCACUUUCAUUCUCGCGUUCGUGAUCGUCGCGGUGGUGACUGACACUCGUGCAGUAGGAGAUUUGGCAGGUAUUGCAAUCGGAGCAACGGUGCUGCUUGGCGUUCUUGUGACAGGGAUGCCGACCGGAGGUUCCCUGAACCCCGUGAGGACUCUCGGCCCGGCCGUGGCUGCAGGGAACUACAAAGGAUUGUGGAUGUACAUGGUGGCUCCUCCGCUCGGAGCCAUAGCUGGCGCCGUGACUUACAAAGCCGUGAAGCUUAGAGGAUACGAGGUGGAGCCACUGCGCUGGAGGAGGACGAGCUUGGAGCGUUGA